GCAAUGGUUAAAAAUGACGUUUGCUUGAUUUGACAUUUCAAUUCAUGUUUCUUUUUAGUCUGUGCUUCUUUCUAACCAUGUGAUAAUAUUUUAUUUUGCAACAAUAAUCUCGUGAAUAAGUGCAGAUAUCUAAAUAAAGCGACAUGACUGAUCAUACAGAAUCAAAGAUGGAAUCAGAAAAUAUAAAUGUGGAGGAAUUCCUACCUGCCAAGAAGACGGUUAAGUUGAAAAACAUAAAGCGAAGGGCAGUUUCUGAAUCCGGGGAUGGCAUGGAAAUUGAAGAAUUUAAUGGGAUCCAAGGGAAAGCGAAGCACAGUCGGUCAAGGCCUAAGAAGAAGAAGAGGAACACUGAGCCAAAUGAGUCUAAGGAGAAUCUGAGGAAAAUACCAGUUCCUGCUCACAGAUACACCCCAUUGAAAGAGAAUUGGUUGAAAAUCUUCACUCCUAUCGUUGAACACUUACUCCUUCAAGUAAGGUUUAAUAUAAAAACUCGCAAUGUGGAAAUUAAGGUUGGGCCUGAGACAAAAGACAUUGCAAACUUGCAGAAAGCCGCAGAUUUUGUUAAGGCUUUCAUUUAUGGAUUCGAAGUUGAUGAUGCCCUUGCCCUGCUCAGAUUGGAUGAUUUAUUCGUAGAAUCUUUUGAAGUUAAAGAUGUUAAAACAUUAAAUGGUGACCAUUUAAGUCGCGCCAUCGGCCGCCUUGCGGGCAAAGCUGGCCGCACCAAAUUCACCAUUGAGAACGUUACUAAAACCAGAAUAGUGUUGGCAGACUCAAAAAUUCAUAUUCUUGGCAGUUAUCAGAAUAUCGCGUUGGCGCGAAGAGCGAUAUGCAACCUCAUUAUGGGUUCACCUCCGUCUAAAGUCUAUGGAAAUCUGAGGAAUGUCGCCAAUAGAGUUGCAGAGAGAUUUUAGUUUGUAAAUAAAAGUUAUUUGUACAUAA